UCUCAUUAUUUCUACUACACAUGCGCAGAAUGGUCCAGAAACCAGAGUACUUACGUAUAUAAUGUUGUAGGAUGCAAGCUCAUCAACGCUGCUAUUGAUGCUCGCAAAACAUUCUAGUAAUACUGCUAGGUGCUGAGAAUGAGUGUUCUUGUGUAUAUGAGCUGCCUGUGUGUAGUAUUGCUGGGGAAGCUCAGUGUACUGGUGUCUGCAAACUAUGUGGUGCAAGUGAGGAUGAUCUCCUAUAUUCAUCCAUCCAACACACGCUCUGAUGGUCAAUGUUGUGAUUCUGAACCAGGCAAUGGACUAUGUAGCGGAGGGGAGCGCUGUGACACCUACUUCAUCUACUGUCUGAUGCCACGUGCCAGUACUGCUAUAGGGUGCUCCAAUGCUACUUCCGGAUUUACUCUAGUCAGUAGCGUUAGCCCUGAUGGGGCAGACAUUGAUUUCUCACAACCUACUGCACUAGGACUCCCUAAUCCAUUCCUUCUGACUGGAAUAUCGACAGCCUGGGAGAGUGCUCAGCUUUACAUACAAGUUACUGAUUCUGAUAACAAUUCACCAGAUGAUGUUAUUGCAAGGUAUCGCUUUGAAUUGAGUCUUGCAGUGGGAUCGACAACCACAUUAACUGCCUCAUCAACUAACAAUCCUUCUAUCAAUGUUAGAAUAACAGUGUUAUGUGCUCCAUUCUACUCCGGAAGUAGUUGUGAUAUACUUGAUCAUUGUGAAUCCAAUUCUGUCACAUGCAGUGACAGAAGAACAUGUGUGAAUGGAUUUAAUAGUUUCACUUGCAACUGUAACUCUCCCUACUUUGGUGCAAACUGUGAGAGUCAAAACUUUUGCUUCAACAGAAACUGCAAUACGAGAGGAACAUGUAACAAUGGCGUUGAUUUCUACACCUGUGUCUGUGAUCCUGGCUAUACUGGUGCUGAUUGUGAGGACAUUGAUAAUUGCGAGGGGCAGAGCUGCAGUGGAAAUGGUGACUGUAUGAAUGAGGUCAACUCUUACACCUGUGUCUGCAAUGCUGGCUAUACUGGUGCUGAUUGUGAGGAUGAUAUUGAUGAGUGCUUACUAAUGGAGAGUGUGUGCAGUGGCCGUGGGAAUUGCUCUCAUGGAAUAGCCACAUUCACCUGCUCAUGUGAUCCUGGCUACACUGGACAGAGAUGUGAGACUGACAUUGAUGAUUGUGUAGAUAUGAAAUGCAGUGGAAAUGGUGGUUGUAUUGACAUGGUGAACAUGUUCCUAUGUGACUGUGAUCCUGGCUACACUGGUGCUUAUUGUGAGACUGACAUUGAUGAUUGUGUGAAUAGGAACUGCAGUGGAACUGGUGUGUGUGUGGAUGGUGUCAACUCGUUCAGUUGUGAGUGUGUGUCUGGCUUCACUGGAGAGAUGUGCAGUAUACAAGAUGCUAGAUCAUAUGAUGCAACAGCUAUUAUAAUUGGUGGAGUAGUGGGGGGACUAGUCGGCAUUGUACUGAUUGCAGUCAUAGCUGUUCUCAUAGUGAUUAUCCUCAAAAAUAAGAAAUCAUCACAAUACGUUAAAGGAGGAGAAACAGUUGAUAAUGAUAUACAAUGUCAGCACAAUGUGGUGUAUGGCGUGUUUGAGAUGACUCAACCCAACACCCUCACUACUCCCUUCUCUCCACAAGAAUAUGACUACCCGUUGUGUACUAUGUCGGAGCCCUUCCAACCAGUGUAUGAGAGUGUGAAUGAGAAACUCACGAUAAGGCCACUGCAAAUUUGACUUUAGUUUCUCGUCAGAAAAUUUUGAAGUUUUGAUGAGAACGAGCUGUCUAUUACCAUUAUCUAUUACUAUGAAUAUAAUUAAAAAUCAAAAAUUAAUUACAAAAUUCACAAAUAA